AUGUGAUGUAACACACACAAAACUAUGCUCCAAAUAAACAUAACCGCACCGGCAGAACCCGCCGCCGGUGAAACCCAAUAGCAAAAAAAAAAAAAACUCAUUCUUACAAUUCUUCAUUCUUCUUUUUUUUGGAAUUUCUGAUACCCAAUUGAGAAAAGUUAACAACUUUGAAGAAAUUUUGAGGAAAAAAACCAACCCACUACUUCAGCAAAAAAAAAAACUGUUCCGGUUAUGAGGAAAUAGUUGUUUUGAGAAGAGAAGUAAAAAACGGCGUCGCAUAAUGUUGCUUUGUUCAAAGCGUUCACGAAACGGCGUCGUAUCGGGAUCGGUGCCGGUUUACCUUAAUGUUUACGAUCUGACACCAAUCAACGGUUACGCUUACUGGUUUGGUCUCGGUGUUUACCAUUCCGGUGUUCAAGUUCAUGAUGUUGAGUAUGCAUUUGGAGCACACGAGUAUUCAUCAACAGGUAUAUUUGAAGGAGAACCAAAGAGAUGUGAAGGGUUCAGAUUUAGGAAGACAAUAUUGAUUGGAAAAACAGACAAAGGAGUUAGUGAAGUGAGAGGUGUGAUGGAAGAACUUGCUGGUGAAUACAAAGGAAAUGCUUACAAUCUCAUUACAAAAAAUUGUAAUCAUUUUUGUAAUGAUGCUUGUGUUAAACUAACUGGAAAAUCUAUACCAAGUUGGGUUAAUCGUCUUGCUAGGAUUGGUUUUAUGUGCAAUUGUGUUCUACCCGUGACUUUGAAUUCAACUAAAGUUAGGCAUCAUAGAAUAGAAGACAAACAAUGUGAAGGAGAGAAACAAACACUAACAAGUGAACCAAACAAGGUUAUUGUUUCAAAUUCAACAUCAUCUUCACCUGCUUCUAGCUCUGGAUUGAGAAGAGGAAGAAGUAGAACAAGACGUGCUCUUCCUCCACCUUCACCUUUGAUUAUUGGAUCCUCUUCAUCUUGAUGUCUAAAAUUUGAAGAAAAAAAAAUGUUCUUUUCUAUUUUUGUUUUUUUUUUGCACAAUUUUUUACACAAGUUGCUAUCUAACAAACAAAGAAAAGCAACCUAUUGGAUUUUCAAUAUAAAAUUGUUUUUUCUUACUCAAA